AUGAAGUUUAUCUUUGCUUAUGCUCUUGUUACUCUGGGAGCUUCUUCUGCUCUUGCUGCUGCUGUCCCGCGCUCCAGCGACCAGCUCACUUGCAAGGAGGGACAUUCAAUCCACGCACUUAAGUGGCACGAGUCCAGCGGCGAUCGUGACCACGGUUACCUUUCCUUCUCCAAUGUCAAGGACAGCCAGGGACGCCCGAUUGCGACUAAACUGGAGAGCGAUGGCUCGCCUGCCAAGCCUGUCAACUUUACCUUUACCUCGUGCGCUGCGCCGGACGGCAAGCCGGGCUGGAUGGGCUACGGCAAGGGCGAGUCGAGCAAUGGCCGCAUCUACGGACACCUGCGGCUCGAAAGUGACAAGUCCAAGUGUCUGACGGCCACCGGCCUGAAGACCAAGGGCAUUCACUUUGCUCUGGACGACUGCCACACAGAGGACUCGAGCAUUCAGCGUUACCAAUUCUUUGCCGAGGCCGUCAACGGUAUUACGGUUGGCUUCCUGGGUAGCAAGAACGGUACUACAGACCAACACUACCGCGUGUCGCUGGGCUCAAGCAAGGGCAACCCUCUGCAACUGGAUUACGUCGGCGACGACAAUUCGGCCAGCCCCAUCUUUAUCAACUGGCUCACGCCUCCGGGUGAGGAUGAAUAA